GGGUUGCAGAAGGAGCGGAGCGGCUGCUGCUCAAUGGCGGAAAAGCCGCCGGUGCUCUGACCGCCUUGUCCCCCUAGCUGUUGCGGGGGAGUUUCCUGCCGGCGCGGCUGGAGUCUCUGUUUCUCAGGGUUCGGUGGCUGGAAGAUGCUCCAGAGAGACAAGGCUGCGGCGGAGGAGGUGGCGGCGGCCAAAUCGGCAACGGCGCUAGGGUGGAGAGAAGGCGGCGGCGGCGGCGUGCGGGGCCCGACGGUGUAAACAGCCCCGGAGGCGGCGGAGGCGGUGGCCGAGACCCCGAGGGGGAAGCGGCGGCUGAGGCAGGGUCGCGCCUCCGUUGGAAGCCUGGGCUGAGUGCAGCAGGGGUGCUCUGUGGCGGGCGCGAGUGGACGCUCUAGACCUCGCCUCCCUCCCUCGCCCCAGAUUCAUUACUAAACAUGGGUGCAUUUUUGGAUAAACCCAAAACCGAGAAACAUAAUGCUCAUGGUGCUGGGAAUGGUUUACGUUAUGGCCUGAGCAGCAUGCAAGGAUGGAGAGUGGAAAUGGAAGAUGCACACACAGCUGUUGUAGGUAUUCCUCACGGCUUGGAAGACUGGUCAUUUUUUGCAGUUUAUGAUGGUCAUGCUGGAUCCCGAGUAGCAAAUUAUUGCUCAACACAUUUAUUAGAACACAUCACUAAUAAUGAAGACUUCAGGGCAGCUGGAAAAUCAGGAUCUGCUCUUGAGCCUUCAGUGGAAAAUGUCAAGAAUGGUAUCAGAACUGGCUUUUUGAAAAUUGAUGAAUACAUGCGUAACUUUUCAGACCUCAGAAAUGGAAUGGACAGGAGCGGUUCAACUGCAGUGGGAGUUAUGAUUUCACCUAAGCAUGUCUACUUUAUCAACUGUGGUGAUUCACGUGCUGUUCUGUAUAGGAAUGGACAAGUCUGCUUUUCUACCCAGGAUCACAAACCUUGCAAUCCAAGGGAGAAGGAGCGAAUCCAAAAUGCAGGAGGCAGCGUAAUGAUACAACGUGUUAAUGGUUCAUUAGCAGUGUCUCGUGCUCUGGGGGACUAUGAUUACAAGUGUGUUGAUGGCAAGGGCCCAACAGAACAACUUGUUUCUCCAGAGCCUGAGGUUUAUGAAAUUUUAAGAGCAGAAGAGGAUGAAUUUAUCAUCUUGGCUUGUGAUGGGAUCUGGGAUGUUAUGAGUAAUGAGGAGCUCUGUGAAUUUGUUAAAUCUAGGCUUGAGGUAUCUGAUGACCUGGAAAAUGUGUGCAAUUGGGUAGUGGACACUUGUUUACAUAAGGGAAGUCGAGAUAACAUGAGUAUUGUACUAGUUUGCUUUUCAAAUGCCCCUAAGGUCUCAGAUGAAGCAGUGAGAAAAGAUUCAGAGUUGGAUAAGUACUUGGAAUCACGGGUUGAAGAGAUUAUGGAGAAGUCUGGUGAGGAAGGAAUGCCGGAUCUUGCCCACGUCAUGCGCAUCUUGUCUGCAGAAAAUAUCCCAAAUUUGCCUCCUGGGGGAGGACUUGCUAGCAAGCGCAAUGUUAUUGAAGCUGUUUAUAGUAGGCUGAAUCCACAUAGAGAAAGUGAUGGGUUUCCACCUUCAGUUGUAUACAUAGACAAUCUUUUCACAUUCUGACAUUUCCACCAGAUGGCAGUCUUGGGCACGUCCAUUUGUAAACCCGCUGAGAGCUCUGGUGACAAGAAAGGCAGUGGCUGGCAGACCUUCCAAGUCCCUAAAAGUACAAGGACAAAAAGGUUUUUUCGUAACCCUGAAAGACAAAUGAACCCAGCAUUAUGUAAUUAUAGUAUUUAUGCUGCUAUUAACCUUUAAUCUUACAGCCCCUUAGUGGAGGCAGAGAAGCACUGUCACUGUGCCCUUCAAAGUCAUGCUUUUCUUUGUCUAUAUAAUAAACACCUGUGGCUUCUUGGCAGUAAUUUUGGUUUUAUUCCAGGGACUCUCAUGGUUAAAGGCAGGCUUUAAUCUGUCAUUAUUGUUUCCUUUCUCCUGAAAGCACCAUUUAAAUCAGAAGUUACUGGAUUUCUAAAUGUUUGUGUAAGAGCAUCUUGUGACCCUGGUUUUUAAGAUGCCCAGAUCUCUUCUGAAGUGAGCUGUGGUGUUUAUAGUUAAUGUAAAGCGAAGUAGGUUUGUAACUGGCUUGUUCUACAUGAAUACAAAUCUCAAUAACCCUCUUAAAGUAGACACUUUGCUUAAUUUAGAUGACUUCAAAGAUACAUGUUUAGAAAUAUAGAAGGUAGUGAAUUUCUUUAUCAUAGAAGGAAUCUACUCAAGUGUUCUCUCAUAGAUACUUUUCCCAGUGGCCACACAAUAGUACUUUGGGACAAUAUCACAUCACCUGGGUAGCUCCCCUCUUGUACCUUUUAUUAUAAUUCCAUUUGUGAAUUUACUUUUGUAUAAUCAGGAAGCGGUAAAUGGCUGUAACUGUGCACAUUCCUUCUAAGAGAUUAUAUUUCCACUCUGAGAUUGAAAGGUACAAAAAAUAUGGUAAGAAAAAAGGGACACGUGUUUGGUCCUUGAUCAGAAAGGUAUACCAAGGUUAAUUCUUGCUUUUCCAAAGAAAAUUGAUAAAAAUAUUCUAGGAGAUAAUAUAGUAAAAAUUUUGACAGUAAGUGAUUUCCUUUAGAGAAAACCAUGGAAAAGUUUCCUUUCGUUUUUUUGAUCUCUGGAUAAUUCCAUGAUGUAGUUAUGUGGAAUAACGAAUUUCUUUAGUGUGUUGCAUGGAUUUAUUCAUGUUUUGUAUAAUCUCUGAGAAUGAAAGUUGAAAUGGACUUCGGGAAUCUUGGCAAUAUAGUAAUUAUGCCUAGAGCUUGCUUGUAGUGUACUGAGACACCUUUAACUGACAAAAUUGUAAUUGGUUAGAGUUAGGUUCACGCCACACAUUGCUGGAUAGUUAGGGGAAACCUAAAUUGUAUAAGUAAAACCAUAAGUUAAAUGCACCUGGAAGACUGACUAUAUAAAAUUAUCUUUGAAAAGGAAGAAGUUCCUUUCUAAUAACCCAUGUUUGUAUUGGGGGGGUGUGGGUGUGGGUGUGUACACACACAUAUAAAUACAUAUAUAUACAAAUAUAGAUAGAAUUUUUAUAUCUCUAUUUUUAUAUAUAAUUUUUUUAGGGCUUUGGGCUUUUUCAGGGUGGGAUAUGUAUGAAUCUGCCAAAUAAGACAGAAUGAUCCCUAUUAUAGUAUAACAGUGUACUACACUAUACUAGUGAAACGUCUUUCACCAUCAAAAAUUUACACGUCCGUGCUGAUUGCUUUAACGCUAGUGGAAACUACAUUUUCUAGACUGAUUUCACAUCAAAAAGCCACACACACAUUUCAAUUAUAUCUCAGUAAAACUGGGGGCCGGGGGAGCAACACACACACAAAUGUUUGUCCCUUUGAGAGAUAAAAGUGGCCAGUAAAGCAAACUGAAUGGUUUGUAGUUUUUCAUCCUCCAAAGUUUCAACAUAGCCGUAGUUCUAAAGAAUUGUCAGUUGUGUGUUCUUCAAAGAUAGAGUAAUAAAUUGUAUAGCUGAACAGAUCUUUAUACUUUUGGAAUCUCAAAGUUGGAGAAAACCUGAAUACCAGAUGGUCCUUUAGCAGCCUCUAGUCUGACUCUUCGGGGACCAGAAUCUACUUCCACCUUUGGGCAGCUCUGCCAUCCUAGUUGGUUCUCUGUUUCUUCCCUUCAUUUGUCUUAUUAACUCCUGGGGCCAGACAUUUAACUACCGUAUUGUGAUGACUCCCAGUAUCUUCUCCUUCCUAUCCCCAGUCAGUUCACUCAUCAUAUAUCGUGGCUUCAGUUGUCUUUACCAUCCAAGACCCUUUUCUCCAAAUGCUCUGGUUUUCUCUAUCUUUCUUAAAGUAUACGACCCAGAACUGAACAUUUAUAGGUAGCAAAACUGUCAUGUCCCUUGUUCUAGUUAAUAUUCUUCUUCUGUAUAACAUCCAGAUAUUGGACUAGCUUUUCUGACACCCACAUGAUAUUGUUGGAGUCCUUUGAGGUUUUUUCCUGCUGUUAAGCAUUCUUUCCCCAUCCUGCACUUGUGCAGUUGGUGUUUUGUUUAACCUAGUUUGCAGGACCUUCCUUUAUUCUUAUGAAGUUUUCUUGUGUUGGAUUCAUUAACCUAUUGAGAUGUUUUUGGAUUCGUCCAAGAUAGAUUUGCUGUCUUUUUCUUUCUGAUCACUCCAAAGUUUGAUAUGUAAAUCUAUAUUGAAUGAAACAAGUCUGAGGACAACAGCCUGUAGAAGGCCUCAGAAAUUUCUCUUCAGCGUGAUAUGAAUUGACCACUGACCGUAUUAAUCAACACCCUUUAGGUAAGAAUUUCAGCGAUUAACUGGUCCAUCUAUCUGCCCAUUUGUCCCCAGAGUUAUCUGUAAGGAUAUCAUAGGAUCUUACAUUUCUUGCUGAAGUCUUGCAUUUCCCUAAUGUUAGUUGAGUAACUGCCCCAAAAGUUCAUGAAGUUAAGUCAAAUCUGCUGAUUCAGAGUGAACUGUGUUCUUUCCUAAAGGCUUAAAAAACAUUAUCAUUAUAAUAAGGGUCUAUUCUAGGGCCUUUCCUGGGACCAGUAUCAAAUUUUCACCAUCUUCUACCUCUUCCCAAAGUUGGAAUGGCAGUCACCCUUUCUGACGUUGUGGCCAGUGCACUACUCCACACUUCUGUAAUAACUUACAGUGGGCCACCCAGAAAUAUUCUUAGAUUUUCAGUAUAUUUUGUUUUCAGCAUAAAAUAGGAAACGAAGUUCUUAUUGGCCCUAUCACUUCUAUGUAAGUCAACUUAUUUGAAAUUUUCACUUUGACCCUAUUCCUAUAGGUACAUGAAAAUUUCUGGUGUUUAUUUAUGUUUAUGGUGGUUUUUUGCAUCAUUUAUGCAUUUCUGAAAUUCUGAACAUUCUUGCAUUCUUACAUUUCUUCCUGUGCAAACUGUUAGUUUCUUGUUUUUGUUAUUUUUUUUAGGUACAUCUCCCUUUUUUAUUCUGCAUGUAUGUGAUUCUUCAGUAAACAAAUAUUUUAAAAAAUAACCCAAAUGCAUUAAAAAAGUAUUAAAACUACAGCUUGGCUGACAGCCUACGGCCAAGUGCAGCAUGUAGACUGGAAAGAGCAAAACAGUGCCACAUGCAGAAGGAUGCUAUUCACAUCAAAGGCUGUGGGGACUUAUCAUAUCACAAGUUUCCGGCAAGUAGCAGGAAAGUGUUCUUACUAAAAAAAUUAGUAUAGUUAUAUUGCAACAAAUAUCUGACAGGUGGAAGUAAAAUGAUUCCAGAAAGGAGUGCUUUGGGGAGAGUUUUUUAAAUUGCCAAAGAUGCCAAACGGGCUAGUGGCAGCCCUGGAGCCUUGUGUUUGCUCUGAGAAAGGAGACAAUGUAGCUUCUCUCUUUACAUUCUUCCCUAUGUGUAUUAUAUCCUCUUUCCCUUAAAAAAUGGGAGAAGGCGGCACUUGGAGGAGUGUGGCAGGGGAAUUGAGCCGCAUGUCGGCAAUCAUAAAGGACCGGCUUUGAGUUUCUAGUCUGGAGUUCAGACUUCUUGGAAGGGCCUCUCUGUUACACACUCUGGAUGCCCUUUUAUCUCAUUUUCUUGACUUUCUCAGUAACUAGGGCUCCAAGAAUCGCAAGUAAGAAAGAAAGAAUGGAAAGGAAGAGACUGCCCCAGGUGUAGACAGAUUUGUAAAUUUCUGCAGAUAUAUGUAUUAUAUAUAAUGUAUAUAUAGAUAGUAUAUUUUUUGCACAUUUCUGUAUGUAUGCUCUGCUUAAAUAAAAAUUUAUUUUUAAAAAAGAA